GCUGACGCUCUGAGCGCAUGCGCAUUGCGAUGAAGGGAAUUUUCAACAGCUGAGGAGGCGUAACUAGCCAGGCUAACAUUUGCUUAAGUUUGGAAAUGUCUGAGAAGAACCAUUCAGCUAAGAAUGACUUGUCCGAAUGAGUGACCUCAAACUCUACAAAUAUUGAAGCAAAGGGACUCCAUAAAUCCAACUUUGAAUUGCCAGAGAGCAAAUCUCCUCCUUGCUGUCUGUGUGACACAGACCUAUUUGUCUUGAAACAAGUUAUUCUUUGAGAUUAAGAAGAGAUGCCCAGACAAAGACAACCAUACAGGCUGCUGCCUUGCUCCGCCAACUGAAAGCUACCAAAACACAGUUUUUUGUGGUUAGAGGAUGGGCUAUUGAGUCUAUCUGCUCCUCUCUCUCCAGAACAUUGGAAUUUAGUGUGUGCCAAUGUGCACGGUAAAUUAUGCUCACCUAAAAUGGUGCUUGAAUGUGGCAUCUCCAAUCGAGGCGUGCCUAAAGAGCUGAGGGUCUCUCUGGUAUCUGAAUGAUUGUCUGUUGCAAAUAAUGGAUGCCAAGUUGAGAGAGGACCUGUUCCGGAGGUAUGUGACGGCACUGGAAAGGCGUCCGGAGGGGGGAUAUACGGGAACUGGAAGUACGUUGGAGGGAGACAGAAGCAGACACAAGGACAGCGAGGCACUACUCUCCACAGCGACGGCUCUGCUCGGAGCCUAUCAGCCAGAUCCUGGUCAGCGAUUUCGCAUGGUCCGUUUCUACGAGAUGGUGGAGAACUCGCUCCGAUGCCAGAGAGGAGGCAACCUUAAGAGUCUGGAGAGGGCCUUUCACACUCUGGAAACUAUCUGCACCAACCUCCUGCUCUUCCCUUGGAAGAAAGAGUUUCGAUGUAUAAAGACCUUCACAGGCCCUUAUGUGUAUCACCUGCAGUCUGCCAUUUCUGACGCCGAACUCCGAACACUGAUGCGUACCAUUGGAUAUACCUGUGAACAUGAUUCGCAAUUCCGUUUGUUGGACCACCCAGGAGACAGCAGUCAUCUCCGCCAGUUAGCCUUUGAGCUGUUCCUGGCUCAGGCAGAGUGUCGUCUUCUAGGGGAGGUGGUGGCUCUCGCCCGCGGUUCCGCCUCGGAGCUGGAAGCUCUGGAGCUCCGCCGGGGUUGUAGAGAUGAUGCAGCUGGUUGCGCUGAGGCGCUGCGCAGACGAGACAGCCUCGGGGCAGAUAUCGCUCGGUUGUCUGUUCGACCGUUGGAUAUAGAAAGGCCUCAUGCCCACCAUCUGAGACGAGGAAGCCGACCGUCCAAGUCUGUGGAUGUUACAGAUGGAGCAGGUCACUGGCACCCAGCAGUCAACAAGCCUAUCCUGAAGGCAUCUCUGAGUCUAAGGAAGGAGCCUCUGUUUGUGGACACAGAGGAAGACAUGAAGGAUGAGAUCAUCAGGCCCAACACCUCUGCAUCUUUUUUCUCUAUUGCUGCUCCACCUUCCUACAGCCCUGUUGCAGACUUUUUCCCCAUGCAGUCUCCUCCUCCAGUUGACCCCUACACGUCCUACCAUAUGUCCUCCUUAGAUGACAUUGACUUGUACACAGAGAGAGGUGGUGUCGGGACGGGAGGAAGGCAAACUCCGUCUCGACCGCCAUCCAGAGAGCCGCGUGAUGCCAGAGAUGGCUGGCUUCUCAAAGCUCAUGGUAGUGUGAAAUGUCAGGGUUGUGGAUUGGGAUGCUCCACAAUGGCAUCCUGUCAGAGGUGUGACAUGAUUCUUUGCUCCGCCUGCCACGAUAUAGAUCCGUCCCCCUGUUGUGGCCUCCAGGACUACCACUCGAAAUCCCCACGCCCCCUUGAUGGAUACAUUCCUGUGAAGGAAAAGCUAUCGGUCUACUCCAACGCCCAGCCUCACCCGCAUCUCCAUCCACACCCUCUAACCCUGACCCAUUCUCAUUCCCAUCCCCAUCCUCACCCCCAGAUGUUGGAAAAACCCCUCAUGCCCACCAAACUGUUUCCAAGCAAGUCAGUUGCUAUGACAACACCAAAGGCAGGGAGCACGGAGCGCAUAAGUAUUGGGGGGUCACGAUGUGGGUUUUGCAACAAGCCAGGCGCAUCACACACCUGCGUAAAUUGCUCUAAGGUGUCGUGUGACUCUUGCAUGGGCUUGUAUGCGAAAGAUGUGUGCACACGAAAGAAUCCUCAGCACAACUUUGUGCCCAACCAUCAGCUCAACUUUAAAUCUGGCACCAUAUCACACCUAGUGUAUCGAUGAAGCAGGCAGGCGGAGUAAUCCCCUUCUGUACAAUCCCUUAACAUUUAAUGUAGUUUUGCACUAUUGCUUUAAGCUUGGCUUACAUAGUUCAUUCUCUGGUUUCUGAUUUUAUCUAGUGGUUUCUUCUCCAACUUGUACAUUCUCACUCACUGACAGUAGACCCACGGAAUACACAUACCACAGAGCCAUGUCAUUAACCCAGCUCUCCGCUAGGCAUGGGGCGGUGUGAGAUUCUCACGCUGUGAUGAUCUCGGGUAAUGAGCAGCUCUGUCAUGGUAUACACACACACCAUGAUAGAGCACACACAGAAAAUGAAAACAAUAAAAUGUUAAACAUGAUAUAAUCAAUUAAAACAGAAGCAUUAGUUCUUCCCAAUGUGGC